AUGGUCAAGACUGCCCCCAGGCGAACCAUCAUCAUUGGAGCAGGUCUCAGCGGCUUAGCAGCAGCCUUUCGCCUUACACAACUCGGCCACAAUGUGACGGUUUUUGAGCGAAGAAGUGGCCUGUCGACGACCGGUGGUACCAUCAUGGUCCGCAGCAACGUAUCAAAGAUUGUCAAAGCAUGGGGCUUGGGACCAGACAUCGAGGCCAUCUCGGACGUUUCCUCGUCCGGCAUAUACCGACGAGCAGAGGAUGGCGAGGUUCUCCAUGAGCGGGUGCCUGCGAAGUACACGGAGCAUCCGGAUUGGGGUACAUUUCGUGAUAAGCUGUUGAAGGUCUUCUAUGAGAAUGCUAUCACGAAUCACGCGGAAGUGAGGUUUGGAAUAUCGGUCUCGAGGGUCUGGGAAGAUGAAUACAAAUCGUUUGUGCUGCUCGACUCAGGGGAGACAAUGGAGGCCGAUCUUGUGCUAGCUACAGAUGGUGGACUGUCACGCAUUCGGCAAUGUGUUCUGGGAGAAGAUUUGCAGGUUCAGAUAAGAGUGGCACCAAUGACAUUCCAUCAGGUAACAGUCAGCAGAAAAGAGCUACUGGAGCAUCCUUUCACAAAGCACUUGACGGAGAACUCCAAUUUGACCGUUUGGUUCCGGCAAGGGAGCUAUGCUGUUGGGCGAUACAGCCCCAAGCUUGAUCGGUUUGGUGGUAUCUUCGCGGUGCCAGCGGACGAAGAAGAGAAUCCAAAGCUGUGGGAAGAGUCGGGAAAUAUAGAGCAUGUCCGAGAAGUCUUCUCCAACUACGAGGAACCUAUCCGGCAGAUUUUAAGCACCGCCAGGUCUUGUGAUAGGUGGCGACUGACCGAAAUGCCAGAUCUACCAACUUGGUCCAGUACACACGGACGCCUCGUACUACUAGGAGAUUCAGCACAUGCAAUGUUGCCUGACGCAGCUCAAGGGUUCUCACAGACAAUCGAAGACAUCGAAGUCCUUACUCUUCUCUUGGAGCAAUACAGCGAUCUCAAGUAUGUCAGCGAGAUUUGGGAAGAAGUCCGCCUACCGAGAGUGGCAAGAAUCAAGGAGUUCGCUCUGAAUGCGAAGAAGGCAGCCUCAAACACAAACAAGGCUGCAGAAGAUCAGCCAGCUGCGGUGGUUCCCGAUCGGAAUGCCGAGUUCAACAGCCCGGCAUUCAAUGCUUGGGUAUAUGCUUACGAUGCUGGUGAGGAGAUUGCUCAAGUUAUUGCGGGACAGUGA